UUUCCUACCCUUAUCUCUUCAGCUACGACUGCGUCUUUGGACACUUCUGCCACAGGUCGCCGCUUAGUACGCGUUCUGGCCGUAAGGGCGCGCUUCCGUCGCGGCGCAGGCGUUGCAGGCAGCAUUAAAACACGCGCAGCCUCGCCGUGUGGGCGGCAGUCUCUCGUGACACGGUCCAGCGGCAGGAGCGCAAGUGCCUGGAGACCAACACUGUUCUGAACGCAGGGCGUGUGUACGCCCUGGUCGACGAGCCGCCGCCGCCAUGGCCAGAGUGGAGUGUUACAACUUCGUCCCUAGGAGUGCCGCCGAUGCGUUAUCCAGACUGAAGCUGCUUCCUACGCGUGCCUUCCAAGGGACCGACACUCUUCCGGUUGCAGCCAUUGACGCGCUGCCCAACGAGAUACUGCUGAUGAUCCUGGAGCACCUGCAGGACGCCGAGCUCCUCCUGCACGUGGUGCCGAGGGUGUGCCGACGCUGGAAGGACCUGGCCUUGUCACGUGACCGUCGCCUGUGGACCGACGUCCGGAUCAAGCCCGCCAACCCGCCGGCUGGCACCCCGCAAGCUGACCCGCAGCUGCACCCGCACGCCCACUUCCUGGCGCCCCGAGCCAUCAUGCACGCGCCGUUCCUGCGCAGCCUGCACUUCCCGGGGACGUUGGACCACCCCGUCGCCAAGGUCUACCUGUUCACUGCGUUUCGCUGCAGCCGGGCCGUUGUGCAGGAGCUGCACCUGGACGACGGCAACGGGGUGCGUUCGCGGGUGGCGCACCUGCUCGGGGACCGCGAGCGCGCGAGCGUGGCGUGCAUGCUGAGCCGCAGCCGGUCCGUGCUGCGCGCGCUGUCGCUGGGCGACGCGCUGCUGCCCGAGCUGUGGCACCGCAAGACCAACCCGUACCUCAAGUCCCGCGCGCCGGGCAAGUCGCACAUGCCGCGCCUGCUGCGCCACGUCGCCGCCCUGCAGCACCUCGAGACGCUGUCGCUGCGCGUGGGCGACACGCGGCGGUACGCCGGCCAGCUCGUCGGCUGCGGGCUGCGACUGCGCCGCCUCAGCCUCGCCUACCACUGCGCCGCCGGCCCCUUCGACUUCGUGCUGGACCUGCUGGCUGGCUCGGCGGCCACCCUGCAGCACCUGGAGCUCGUGCCGAUGGAUACCAAGUACUACCCGCACAUCAGCCUGCCGGACUCCGUGCUGGUGGCCGUGGCCCAGUGUACCGAGCUGCGCUCCCUGGACAUCGUGUUCACGGACAUGGCCGUGGUGGGGUCCAUGCCGCGCCUGGAGAGGCUCGGCCUGCUGCUCGCCCGCGGCUGGUACUUCUACUAUGACAGCCCCUACGCCCAGGGCGUGUUCGGCAACUUGCUGGCCCAGCUCGUGGAGUGCCCGGUCCUCGCCAGCCUGCGCCGCCUGGAGCUGCGCGGCGUGUACAACUUCGAGUCGCUGAUCCACGCGGGUCAAGAUGGCGACUGGGACGCCCACAACCCGCAGUUGGUCAGCCUGGUGUUCGCUCAGCUGGGCCGCGUGGCCUCCGAGGCCACCGCCUUGCGCCUCAGACUGGGCGAGCUCACGCCGCGUGACAUGAUCGCUACCAUGGUGGUACCCAUGGUGCGACUCCUCACGGUGGACCUGGGUUCCGAUCCCGACCUCCUGACGCUGUUCUCCGAACGCGGUGUGAUAUGCUCCAUGGGCGAGGACUAGCACUAGCGGAAGCGGAGUGACUUGUUCCCGUGGCCUGAACUUUAUCCAAGUCUAGCCUCCCAAGGCCACUCCCGCGUCCCUAGUUACGGUGAGGGGACCUAAAAUCCCUAGAAUAAUCACGCUCGGGCAUGUUCUUUCUUAAUUGUUAAUUCAUUUUAAUUGUUUCAGCCUGUUAAUUAUUUUUAAGUUGUACUGUUUUAUGUUCAUGACAAGGGUGAG